AUGACCAAACAACCACCGCCCCGCAUACCUGCCCCCGUCUACAGCCAGGACACCUGGACGACGCUGGCAGAACCUCCUGCCGCCGACGAACCUGCCCAGAACCAGCUGCUGCAGCAUCGCCGCCGUCGCAGCCACAACAAGCACGACCUCGCAUCGAUACGACCCGCGGAAAAUGAUGGCAGCCCAAAGUCUAGGCUGCGCUCCCGCGACGCCACUCCAAUACGCUGGUCCACCUGCACCCUCGCCGCCGACCUGCCCGACGACACCUUUCCCUUUUCGCCCCUGCGACCAGAGGAACCGGCGCAGCGUGCCUCGUCUCUUGCUUCUCCGCACGCCGAGGGCUCGGAUGACGCAGACGACUACCGCGCGGACCUCGAAGACGAUGACGACUACGACGAUGACGGCCAGCGGACGCAUUCCUCGGCCUCGACCCGUCCCACGUCGCUCGAGGCCGAAAAGCAGCCGCACCGCAGACUUCUCGACCUGCACACCCCUGCCCGCCUCUCCUCGCUAGCCGGCAACCGACCUCGAUCGGCAGCGUCGCCAGUCUCGUGCACUACCACCCUCGCAGAGCCCGAGCUGGCUGCCAAUGCCGGGAUCGCCGCCACAUCCCCUCCCGUUCAUCGCAGCAACGAUGAUGGCUGUGACAGCGACGACAGCGAUGAAGAGGACGAGGCAGACCCACGCCUUGAUGCGCUGAUCGCGCAGACGAUGCGUGCGCUCGAGGUGUCCAACAACCUACUUCUCUCCACGCUCAACUCACGCGCCAAGUUUGCCCAGCUGCGCGCCAUCGAGGCGAGCAUCGACAUCGGCCUCGACCGACGCGAGCGCAGCGUACGCCGUCAGCUUCACGCCGUCGAGCAGAUGACCGACUUUGUCGGCGCCAAGUCCGACGAGCUGCGCGACCUGCUGGCCAGCGGCUCGGCUACCCGCCCCUACACUCUCGCCCGCGCGCAGACGGCGGGGGCCAAUCAGGCCGGCCUCGCAUCGCUGCCCUCACUGGAGACGUUGGCAUCCACCUCGUCGGGCAAGGCCAAGGCCGAUGUCGGCGUCGGGAUCGUUGAGGCACAGGAUCGCGAUGCCACAAUCGGCAAGACGGCGGCCAAGCGGCUAGAAAAGAUGCUGCUCGAUUCGGCCAGGUCUAGCCCGACGUCGAGCCGCGGCGCCGGUGAUGGUGAGAGCGGCGGUGUAAGCGGCAGCUCGAGCGGGACCGCAAGUAGUAGCAUUGGACGGCUGCGUGCGGUUUCUGCCGAUGGCCAUCUCAGCGUCGGCGAAGGCCAUUCUGCGUCCAACAAUGCGUCGCCGUCGUCGCGGCGGACGUUCUCGCUCUCCGACUUCGCCUUCCUCGAUGUCAGCUCUGCUCCCAAGGCAUCGACCUCGCACGACAAGACGAGCGCUGCUCCGACGGACCUCUCCGCGCCGGUAGACGGUGCCGCUCCUUCGUCCCGCCCACCGUCCGCGAUGCGCAAGAGGAGCAGCCGCGGCUCGUCGCUCGCCAGCAUCGUCGAGCACGCCUCGCGCCAGGAUGCCCGUCCCUCGUCGCAGCUCGGCUCGCGCUCUCGAGAUUCGCCCUCAUCCUCGCGCCGCAAUUCGUUCGCAUCGAGCAGCCAGCCUGGCGAUGCGAACGACUCGAGCGGGGCUCUCGUCGAGGCCGAGGAAGAGCCCAUCGGCACCUCGCUCACGACCACCUCGCGCCUUACGUCGUCCUCGUCGACAGGGACCAUCCGGGCUUCCGCCAGGGCUGCAGCCGCUACCCCAACGCAGAAGCGGGCCGUCAGCAACUACGAGACGAGUGCUAGCCGCAGCCUGUUCCGGGGCAGCGCUGCUGCCUCGUCCCUGUCGCGCCUGGUCACUGCGCCAGUCGCACCCGCGGCCACGGCCUCUGUGCAGAAAGGCACGCUGGCCGACGACUUUGGCUUCAGCGCAGAGCCACCAUCAUCGUCGUCAGCCGCUUCGAGGGCCCGUCGAUCACGGACAACGACGGCCGGCCUGCCGAGUGGCAGCGGUGAUUUUGAGAGCGGUUCGACGUACGCCGCGCUGGUGGCUUCCUCUUCCGCCCAUGAUCCUUCUGCAAGCCUGUCGGGCCACGACGACUGCGACGACGCCGACAUUAGCGAGGCCAGCACCACCUCGCCUCGGCCGGGCACCUCGAUGCCACGCCGCUAUAGCAUCACAAAGCGGUCGUCGUUUGGCGGCGCAUCGUCGUCGGACCGCGAACGGCAGAGCGUCGCAGCGCAACUCAAAGCCGAGGACGUCGUCUGGCGCGCCGCCGAAACAGGAGGCAGUGCCGCGGGCGGCGGCAGCGUCGGUGCGCUGCGUGCCCUGCAGAGGCUCAACGAGAUGUCGUCCAGCAGUGCAGCCGGUGCUGCGGCCGAUGCGUCGAGCUCCUCCAUCGCGGCAACAUCGGGCACGGGCGCAACAACCGAGUCGAAGCGUCUCUCCAUCGGCUUGGGCCUGCCCAGCUUUGCGGCAUUCAAGGGCAUCGCGCCGACAGCAUCGGUGCCGAGCGAGGGCGAUGCGACGACCGGCGCCACCACCGAGCCCAGCAGCACCGACUUGCAAGCGCCAACCGAAUCGCCGAGCACGGGCUGGCGCACCUGGACGCCCUGGGCUUCGCCUGUCGUCCCGGCUACGGCCACCACCGCAGCCGGCCAGCAGGCCUCUGCUGACCGAUCCGCUGGCAAAUCGCACGGCAGCAGUGGCGGCGGCGCUUCAACCAGCCGCAAACCGAGCCUGGCAUCGCUCCUCGCCGUCAAGGCCACGCCCACGACGGCCACCGUCAUCGGCACCUGA